AUGCUCGCUUCGGCGCUCUUACUCGGCCUUGCCACGGCUGUGGCGGCCAAGAACUGCGUCGACCUUAAAAUUCCCCUCUACCUCAGGUCUAGAAAUGGCGUAUUCGACAUGGCGACGCCCAAGACGGAGAUUGAAGUCACCAAUUUCAUACUGGACUAUGCGAGAAAUGGCAGAAAUUACACGAACGCAGUCACGACUGGUUUUAAGACGAUCAAGGGAAAUUACAAGCUCGCGGCAACCUACUGUGAGCCGGAUUGGGGGGCCCGCGACACGCUCCAGAUUGUGACGCACGGCAUCGGCUUCGACCGCUCGUAUUGGGACUUUCCGUACAAGAGUUACAACUAUAGCUACGUCAAUCGAGCCCUUGACCAAGGCUACUCGGUGCUGUCCUGGGACAGGCUCGGCAUCGCCCACUCGUCUCACGGUGACCCCAUCGACGAAAUCCAAAUCUUCCUCGCGAUUGCUGCCCUCGAGGAGCUCACCAAAUGGGUCAAGCACGGCAAGCUGCAGGGCGGCAAGCACAAGUACAGCAAGAUGGUCCAUAUCGGCCACUCGUUCGGCUCGGCCAUCACCCUCGGCAUGACCAGCGCCAACCCCGAGCUGAGCGACGCCAUCGUCCUUAGCGGCUUCAGUCAGGUCCCCAGCUUCUUGGCCCAGUUCUUGCUCGGUGCCAACUUCAUCUCCGUUAAGGGCGUCGAGUUCCUCGCCCCCAAGUACUCGGAGGGGUAUCUGGCCUCCAAGUCGACCGUUGGGCUACAGACAAACUUUUUCGCGCCGGGGGACUUUGAUCCCAAGAUCCUCGGGGCCGCGGCCAUUACUGGUCAACCCGCGGCCAUCGGCGAGCUCAUGACUCUUGGCUCCGUAUCUCCCCAGAGCAACUUCAAGGGCCCCGUCCUCAUCGUCACGGGAGAAAGAGACGUUCCCUUUUGCGGCGGAGACUGCACCAAAACCGACCCAAUCAACCACAGCGCUCGGGAUCUGCUUCAGGCGUCCAAGAGGAACUUUAAGUCGGCCUCCGUCUUCAAGACGGUCGUGAUCCCCGGCGCCGGCCACGGCCUCAACUACCAGUACUCGGCCCCUCUCACCUACAGAGCUAUCCUGAACUUUAUCAAGACCAACGUAAAGGACCGAGGGGGAAGACACCAUUACUCCGACUCACGGGAGACAUAA